ACUGGUGAAUGGAUCGAACCGAAACGCGUGGAACUGGAACGUCACACCAAUCAGUCAAGAUGGCACGUCAGCAGGGUGAUGUUGACGAGUUGUUUGACGUUAAAAAUCAUUUCUACAUCGGUAAUUACCAGCAAUGCAUCAACGAGGCUCAGAAAGUGAAGCCCUCGUCAUCGGAUGUGGCCCUGGAGAGAGACGUUUUCCUGUAUCGUGCAUAUAUAGCCCAGAGGAAAUUUCGAGUGGUCCUGGACGAGAUAAAUAACUCAUCUCCAGCUGACCUCCAGCCUCUGAAGCUUUUGGCCGAGUACUUCGCGAGCCCCGGGAAACGCGAUGCCAUUCUCAACGAGUUGGAUAAGAACUCGGGGAACUUUGGGGACAAUCACAAUGGAAUGAUCGUCGCUGCAACCAUUUACUAUCACGAGAAAAAUCUCGAGUCGGCGUUGAGGGUGUUGCGGGACGCUGAGAAUCUCGAGUGCAUGGCACUCACUCUCCAGAUUUAUCUUAAGAUGGAUCGCCUGGAUCUCGCCAGGAAGGAGCUGAAGGCCAUGCAGGAGAAGGAUGAUGAUGCUACGCUGACUCAACUUGCUCAGGCUUGGGUUAACAUCAAUAGUGGAGGGGAUAAAUUGCAGGAUGCUUAUUAUAUCUUCCAGGAGAUGAUCGACAAACAUUCGAGCACAAGUAUGUUGCUGAAUGGCCAAGCAACGUGUUUCAUUGGCCAAGCGAAAUAUGAGGAAGCAGAAACCGCAUUGCAAGAGUCCCUGGACAAGGACAGCAACAAUCCAGAUACCCUAAUCAAUAUGAUAGUCCUGUCACAACACAUGGGAAAGCCCCCAGAGGUUGCCAAUCGUUAUUUGAGUCAGCUGAAAGACUCUAAUCUCGAGCAUCCAUUCGUCAAGGAAUAUCUGCAGAAGGAAAUCGAAUUCCAGAGGCUGAAAAAUCAGUAUUCUCUUUCAGCAUAAAUUUUCUCCCCUCCUCCCUCUCCAUCGACUUUCGCAAAUCCAGAGGAACGAAUGAAGUAUGGAGCAUUCCAUUGAAAUUACAACAGAUCACAACAGUGUUGCUGCCAUUUUGUAAUUGAACAUUUAUAAGAGACUAAUGAGUAAUUGAGUCAUUCGGAAUUUUUCCUAUACUUUUAGUACGUUUAUCUCAUUAUAUUAUUAAUGGUAUUGUAUAUUAUAAUUGCAAUUACAAAUAAAGAGAAGUGUAUUCGAUGA